AUGAAGAAGACAGCCGCGGUGGGCAUUGUCCUAGCCGCUCUCUCCGGCGUUCGUGCUGCUGCCCCAGUAAAUUAUACCCAGCAUUACACAUGGAAAAACGUUAGAACUGGUGCUAGCGGUGGUUUCGUUACUGGUAUCGUCUUCAGCCCGAAGCAAAAGGGAGUUGCCUACGCCAGAACCGACAUUGGCGGUCUCUACCGUCUCAAUUCGGAUGAUUCAUGGGCUCCUCUCCAAGACUAUGUCAACAAUACCCUCUGGAAUGAACAUGGUGUUGACGCAGUCGCUCUCGACCCUAAUGAUGCAUCUAGAGUCUACAUUGCCGCUGGUAUCUACACUAACUCGUGGGAUCCAUACAAUGGCAAAAUCAUGUCGUCCACGGAUUACGGCAAGACAUGGAGCAGGGCAAAUUUCCCUUUCAAGUUUGGCGGUAAUAUGGCUGGCAGACAAAUGGGUGAGAGGCUAGCUGUUGACCCUAACAAGGGUAGUAUCUUGUACUUCGGUGCGAGAAGUGGAAAUGGAUUGUGGAAGAGUUCCGAUUAUGGAAAGACAUGGGCAAAGGUCACAAGCUAUACCGCUGUUGGAACACACAUUGUGGACCCUGGUGAUAGCGGUCAGAAUGGCGAUAUCAUCGGUCUUACUUUCAUUGCUUUUGAUAGCACUAGCAGUGCUGCUGGAACUGCUUCAAAGCGAAUCUUUGUCGGAACUGCCGAUUCUUCCGCCACCGUUUAUAUGUCCGAAGACUCCGGCGCCACUUGGUCCGCAAUCUCUGGUCAACCAACUGGUUUCCUUUCCCACACCGGAAAAUACUCGCCAACGGAGAAGGCCUUGUACGUUAGCUAUGUUGACAACGCUAAUACAUACGGAGGUGGUGACGGUUAUGUCUACAAGUACUACGUAGAAUCGAAGACCUGGGUCAAGAUUCUCGACGACAAUGGUACCGGUUUUGGAUUUGGUGGUCUGACUCUGGAUCCCCAGAAGAACGGAACUGUUAUGGUGACUACAUACCAUCAAUGGUGGCCUGAUGGGAACAUCUAUAGGUCUUUGGAUGGUGGAGCAACAUGGACAACUAUCUGGGACUUCGACUGGAGCGGUGUUCAACCACCAGUCAAGAGAAGAUAUGACUGGGAUAUUAGCCAAGCAACCUGGCUUCCAGAAAUUACCGGCGAUAAGACUACCGGGUGGAUGAUGGGAAGCAUUGCAAUCAAUCCCUUCGAUUCUGAUCACUUCCUCUACGGUACUGGUGCUACUAUCUUCGGCUCCCACAAGCUCACCAACUGGGAUAAGAAUGAAAAGUUCACUUUGUCUUCUCUGUCCUACGGAAUGGAAGAAACCGCAGUAUUAGGCCUCACCUCACCUCCACAGGGUCCACAUCUUCUGUCUGUCGUUGGCGACGUUGGCGGCUGGAGACACGAUAAUCUUGAUGUUGCUCCUAGUAAAGCUUUCCUAACACCAUCUUGGGGCACUACACGCUCCAUUGACCAUGCUGGCUCCAGACCAAACAUUGUUGUUCGUUCCGGAGAUGGCGAAGGAGGUCUCGCUCUUUCCAACGAUACCGGUGCUACAUGGCACAUUCACGCCAGCGCCGGAUCAUGGAACGGAGGCCGUGCCCAGCUCUCUUCCAACGGUGAUUUCGUUGUCUGGGCCGUCAACAACGGUCUUUAUGUCUCUGCCAAUGAAUAUCCAUUCGAGAAGGUCCCAAAUAUCCCAUCUGGCAGUUAUACCACCGCUAAUGACCGAAACCACAACGGUCUCUUCUAUGCUGCUGAGAAUAGCAACUUCUAUGUCUCGACCAAUGCGGGUACCACCUACACCAAGAAGACCUCUUCGAUCGGCUACAUCAGAGAGAUUGGUGUUAACCCAUUCAGAGCCGGUGAUGUCUGGAUCGCUACCGAUACCGGUAUCUGGCAUAGUAUCGACUCUGGUAACACCAUUAGCAGGGUUGGACCCGCUACUGAUGCUUAUCAUGUUCAAUUGGGCAAGUCUGCAACAAGCAAUGGAUACCCCGCCAUUUUUGCCGCAGCCACUAUCCAAGGUUGGGCUGGCCAUUACCGAAGCGACGAUGGCGGCUAUACCUGGACACUCAUCUCAGACGACUCGAACGGCUUCGGUACACCGGGAAAUAACAUCUACGCAGCAGAUCCCCGAACAUACGGCCGUAUUUACAUCGGAACUAACGGCCGCGGUACCUUCUAUGGAGACGCAUCCGCAACUUCUCCCGUCCCUACUGCCGCAGAUGCUUAUGGACAGUGUGGCGGCCAAGGAUUUAACGGUCCAAAGGCUUGCCCUCACGGAUACACCUGCAAAGUAUCGAAUGCUUAUUACUCGCAAUGUUUGUAA